GCCCAAAGUCCUCCUCCCCCAAGGCCAUGUACCAGCUGGAGUAGUACUAGUACACUACAGACGACGAGACGACGCGACGUGCCAUUAAUUGGAAGAGGUAUAUAUAUAUAUAUAUAAUAUAAUAUAUGCGAGUAUAUAUAUGGAAGAGGUGGGGGAAGUGAAUUAUGUAAGCCGGCCGGCGAUGUCGAAAACUCCGGUCAUCUCAUCAUCCACGGCGCCUAAGACCCCGGGGGCAUUCUCCGGCGUGCAAGGCUACUUGGACCAAGUUGUUCAUCUCUCAAAGGUCAACCCACAAGAGGACUGGCUUCCCAUCACUGAAUCCAGAACUGGCAAUGCUCUCUACGCCGCCUUUCACUCUCUCAGCUCUGGCCUUGGCUUCCAAGCACUCCUGCUUCCCCUGGCUUUCGCCACUCUUGGCUGGGCCUGGGGAAUCAUUUGCCUAUCGGUGGCUUUCGCGUGGCAACUGUACACACUAUGGAUUCUAAUCCAAUUGCAUGAGGCCGUGCCUGGGAUGCGCUACAGCCGAUACCUGCAGCUAUCGAUGGUCGCAUUUGGUGAGAAACGGGGCAAGUUGCUGGCGUUGUUUCCAACCAUGUAUCUCUCCGGCGCCACCUGCGUUGCCCUGAUCAUGAUCGGAGGAGCAACCAUGAAAUUACUCUUCCGGCUCUUCUGCGAAGCCGCCUCCUCAUGCAACAUCAAUCUAUUAACCACCAUUGAGUGGUACAUUGUUUUCACUUGCUCCGCCGUUGUUCUGGCUCAGCUUCCCAACCUCAACUCCAUCGCCGGCGUCUCCCUCCUCGGCGCACUCACGGCCGUCACCUACUGUACCCUCAUCUGGACGGUUUCCGUCUCCAAAGGUAGGCUGGCGACGGGAGCCUCCGACAACCCGCCGGAGCCAAACUCCGACGUGGGUAGGCUCUGCUGGGUUCUCAAUGCGCUCGGUAUAAUCGCCUUUGCAUUCAGAGGCCACAAUCUGGUUCUUGAAAUUCAGGGUACAAUGCCCUCCAGCGAGAAGAAACCAGCGCGUGUGCCAAUGUGGAAAGGAGUGAAAUUCGCAUAUCUCGUCAUAGCGAUGUGCAUGUACCCCAUGGCAAUCGGAGGAUAUUGGGCUUAUGGAAACUUGAUACCAUCAAACGGAGGGAUGCUAAGCGCAAUGUACAAACACCACAGGCACGACACCGCAAAAGCCAUACUCGUAGCGGCAAGCGUACUGGUCAUUGUCAACUGCCUCACCUCGUUCCAAAUCUACGCCAUGCCAGUCUUCGACAACCUCGAGUUCAAAUUCACCAGCAAGAUGCAGAGGCCGUGCCCGUGGUGGCUGCGGACUGGAAUUCGGGCAUUCUUCGGCUGUCUGACCUUCUUCAUAUCGGUGGCGCUGCCAUUCUUGCCGGCCUUGGCGGGGCUGCUGGGCGGCAUUUCGCUUCCGGUCACCGCAGCGUACCCCUGUUUCAUGUGGAUUGUGAUCAAGAAGCCUCCUAGGUAUGGCCCCUCGUGGUGGUUCAACUGGGUGUUGGGAGGGGUGGGGAUGGUGCUGAGCGUUCUUUUGGUUUUUGGAGCUAUUUGGAGCAUUGCGGCGCUGGGAAUUGAAAUCCACUUUUUCAAACCCAAGUGAGACUGUUUGUUGUCCAGCACAAGCGAAUGCUUGGCCCAACCGGAAAGCCUCACCUGUAACUUGACCCCAACACACAAAAAUAAAAUGUAUAAAGAAUUAAAUACUAACAUGAAUCCUACCUCCCGCCGAUGAUUAGCGUAAAACUUGUUGGGAUCCCAAAACACGAGUUCAUGUAACAAAUCUCAUGUAGUGGCAUAAC